AUGGGAACGCCCCCCCGUUGCUGCGGCGCUUGGGCUGGCGGGGCGGACGGUGGCCACUGCGGCCGUGGCUGGGCCGGCGCCGGCGGAGGCUGCAGCGGAACGCCCGUGAAGGGCGGAACCCACGGUGCGAGCGUCGGCACGGAGAAGAUGGCCGGCUGCGGCGGCGUCGGGGCCCCGGGAACCGAUCAAGAAGAGGCGGAUGCCUUGAACCGCGGUGACGAGGUCGUUGACGACCCCGCUCAUCCGCUCGGGCGUGUAGAUGACGGGCGCCAGCGCGGCGGAGCCCGGCUGUCGUGGCGGCCGCUGGAGAACGCGCCGUGGUGGCGGCGGCCGAAGGAACGGGCGGAGGCGCGGACGACGUGGUGGUGGGCGGCGGAGACGACAUGA